CGCGAGUGAAUAAUCCUACCGAACAGAAUAUUAAUUCGACCACGAACAAUAACAUACGCCUUUCAAAAAACAUAAAAAUUAAUAUAAACAUAACAGUAGAUUAAUAAAUAAGUAGUAUAAAUAAAAUACUUUCGCCCAAAUUAAGAUUAAUUUAAUUUCCUCAUAUUGAUUUUAUUACUUACUCCUAAUAAUAUCUAAAUAUUAGUGCCAAGUGAACUGAUUAAAAAAACAUGUGAAUUAUGAAUUGGUUUGUACGAUGUGUUCGUGGCAAUUUGAAAAAGGACGAUUGUCAGGCAACAAAUUUGGAAAAACGCCAUGGAAAAAAGAAAAAAGACAAAAAUAAUUUGGAGAGUGAAGAAAAACAAAAAUUGGAUUUGGAAGAAGAAUCGAUUAGUAAAAAAGGAAGUAGGAGUGAAUCAAAACAGAAUUUGGAGCCUGCUGAUUUUAGGUCAAUUCCAAAAUUAUUCUCAAAAAAUCAGCACUCGGAAGAAAGUUCUAGAAAAAAAUAUAUUGCUGGGAGCUCUUCUGAAACUCAGCCUCUACACAAAGAAGAAGAAGAAGAAUACACACUGAAAAACUCGAGAAAAUUCGAAAUCGAUUCUGAAUCUGAAAGUCGUGAAUAUGCAAAAUUGCAAGGAGGAAAAAAUCGUUUUGGGUUUUCUGAUAUCCAUACAGCGGCAGCACAAACAAGGGCCAAUUUAGUCGGAACUUUAACGAAAAAGGAAGAGGCGAAUUCCAAUAAAUCGACUGAUCAAAUAUUUUUAGAUUCUCCAAAUACUGAUGAAGUAAUAGAAAGCAAAAAUUAUUCUCAUGGCAGACCUUCGACGGUGCUGAGAGGAACCUUUGAUCGAAAUGGAAAAAGUGGUCUAAAAGUUCAAGACAAUGAAAAUGGCCGAAUUCACUCAGCGAUAGUCUCAGGUGUCAAUUGGGACUUGAGAAGUGUCACUGUAGAAUGGUUCGAGAGGGGAGAAACAAAAGGAAAGGAGGUGGAGAUCGAUGCUAUCCUGGCACUGAAUCCGGAAUUGAAUCCAAAACCAAUGGGUCCACCUCCUCCUGUGAACGAUCACAUGCUAGCAAACUCCAGAGCAAGGGAUUCAUCCGAUGAGGAAGACGAAGGUCUCGAUGAUUUGGAAAACCAAGAGGAAAGUACUCUCGGACAUCAUGGUGGAAACACGGCUAGAAACGGCCUGACUUCUGCAACACUUCCUGUACGAGUCACGUCUCGUCUUUCGCACUCUACAAGGGCCAGCAUCUCUGUUAAAGCUGGAUCAAAUAGGAAUAGACAGCAACUGCCGAGUCGUCCAACGAAUAUAAUGCCGCCCGUGACAACGUCUGUGAAUGGGCACGGUGACACAAUUACUGGUCUGACAGGACGACGAGAAGUUCAGGAAAACAUACCGCCAACACCCACGACCAAUCCGACCUUCAAUGUCUCCAAUGCCGCAAUCACUAAGCAGCUUAAACAAAAUCAACAACAGCAGCAGCAGCAGCAACUUCAGCAGCAGCAAUUCACGCAGGCGCAACAGGCGCAGGUGGAGAACGGAAGAGGAAGAAGGUCCAAUGUCGUAAAGGAGGUCGAGAGACUCAAGAAGAACAGAGAGGAAAGAAGACAGAGACAAGCCGAACUCAAGGAGGAGAAGGAGGCCCUUAUGAAUCUGGACCCUGGCAAUCCCAACUGGGAAUUUCUUGCUAUGAUCAGAGAGUACCAAAACAGUAUAGACUUCAGGCCACUGCGAGACUCGGAUGCAGUUGAGGAUCAUCAGAUAACAGUGUGCGUGCGAAAGCGGCCGUGCAACAAGAAGGAGCUGAAUCGGAAGGAGGUGGACGUGAUUAGUGUUCCGAGCAAGGACCAGAUAGUUGUACACGAGCCGAAAGCGAAGGUGGAUCUGACCAAGUACCUGGAGAACCAGCUCUUCCGAUUCGACUACGCCUUCGACGAGACCUGCACGAACGAGAUAGUCUACAAAUACACAGCCAAGCCUCUGGUCCAGACGAUAUUCGACGGCGGAAUGGCCACCUGUUUUGCCUACGGACAGACCGGAAGUGGCAAGACUCACACUAUGGGCGGCGAUUUUAAUGGCAAGACACAGGACUGCAAGAAGGGCAUCUAUGCGAUGGUCACCAAGGAUGUCUUCAAAUACCUCAAAUCUCCCAAAUAUCGACCCCUCAAUCUGGUCAUUUCGGCGAGUUUCUUUGAAAUUUACUCGGGCAAAGUCUUUGAUCUUUUGGCGGAUAAAGAAAAGUUGCGAGUCCUCGAGGAUGGAAAACAGCAGGUACAAAUCGUCGGAUUGACCGAAAAAGUGGUAGAAACUUGCGAUGAGGUUCUGAAGCUCAUCCAGCAUGGAAAUAACGCCAGAACAAGUGGACAGACGAGCGCUAAUUCAAAUUCGUCGAGAUCACACGCAGUUUUUCAAAUAGUAGCUCGAACUCCCGGAAUGCACAAAGUCCAUGGCAAAUUUUCCCUCAUUGAUCUGGCUGGAAACGAGAGAGGAGCUGACACGUCAUCUGCAAAUAGGCAAACGCGAAUGGAAGGUGCUGAAAUUAACAAGUCGCUUCUGGCUUUGAAGGAGUGCAUUCGUGCAUUGGGUCGCAAAGGAACGCAUUUGCCAUUCAGAGCGAGCAAAUUGACUCAAGUUCUCAGGGACAGUUUCAUUGGUGAAAAAUCUAAGACUUGUAUGUAUCUCAAAAUACCACAGAGGAGUGUGCUGCCCUCUAGCGGAGACGCGAACAAGGACGGACAAACAAAAUGGAGAACUGAAAACUCAUCAGAAAAGCGUGUCGAUUUUGCGUUGAAGGCUCAGAACGCGGCGGCAGCAGCAUCAAUGACGCAGGCGAAGAACAUUAGCUUGUCCUUCUACGGACCCAACUGCUGCUGCUUCCACCUCGCCGUGAUUGGCUAG